GUAGUCUUGAUCCCAGGAAAAAUACUGGACUAAGGGCAUAGGAAUCUGAAGACCUCUGUUUCUUCUAGAAGAGGUGGAGAAGCUAGAAACACUAACAUUUAAAAUGUGUGGAGGAAUUAAUCUGCAAAAAGCAUGUGCUUACUGAUGCUAUGGAAUGAAAGGGUGUUCAUUUGCAGAUGAAGAAAAUGAUCAGCUGGAAGGUGGAAAUGGUCAGACAUAACCUACUUUCUGGAAGCUGAUACGUGAUUUUGCUUUAGGAGAUUUUCCAUAUAAGUUCCGUACAAUUUUGUGAUUUUGGGAAUUGUCACCUUGAUUUAACAAAAGGCUGAACCUUUUCUUCCUGUUUAUUCAUUAUUUCCAGUGAUAAAGUAAGAAGGAGAGAUGGGAAACCCAGAAAACAUUGGAGAUGCGUAUGUUGCUGUGAUUCGUCCAAAAAAUACUGCUAGCCUCAAUUCUCGGGAAUAUCGAGCUAAAUCCUAUGAAAUUUUGCUGCUUGAAGUUCCCAUUGAAGGCCAAAAGAAAAAAAGAAAGAAAGUUUUGCUAGAAACUAAACUUCAAGGAGGCACUGAGAUAACCCAGAGCAUCUUGGAUUAUGUAUUAGAAGCCACCAAACCAAUUUCACCAGCCAAUCAGGGUAUUAAAGGAAAGCGUGUGGUGUUAAUGAAGAAGUUUCCUUUAGAUGGAGAGAAAGCAGGCCAGGAGGCGUCUCUUUACAUUGUUCCAACUGUUGUGAAAGAUAAUACGAAAUAUACAUACAGUCCUGGAUGCCCUGUGUUCUACUGUUUACAAGACAUCAUGAGAGUCUGCAGUGAAUCCAGCACACACUUUGCUACGCUUACUGCAAAAAUGUUAAUUGCCUUGGAUAAGUGGUUGGAUGAACGACACACCCAGUCUCACUCCAUCCCAGCUUUAUUCAGACCAUCUCCUCUUGAGAGAAUUAAAACAAAUGUAAUAAACCCUGCCUAUGCUAUAGAACCUGGUCAAACAGAGAGCUCGUUGCACAUGGGUUAUACUGCCCUGGAAAUCAGGAGUAAAAUGCUGGCAUUGGAGAAAGCAGAUAUGUGUAUCUAUAAUCCGUUAUUUGGAUCUGACCUUCAGUAUACCAAUAGGGUUGACAAGGUGGUAAUAAAUCCAUACUUUGGCCUUGGAGCCCCAGACUACUCAAAGAUUCAGAUUCCUAAAAGAGAAAAGUGGCAACGUAGCAUGAGCAGUGUCACAGAAGACAAGGAACACCAGUGGGUAGAUGAUUUCCCUCUUCACCGCAGUGCUUGUGAAGGAGACUCUGAUUUACUAAGCCACCUUCUGGAUAAAAAGUUUUCUGUUAAUCAGUUGGAUAGUGACCACUGGGCACCAAUCCAUUAUGCAUGCUGGUAUGGAAAAGUUGAAGCCACUCGAAUGCUGUUGGAGAAAGGGAAAUGCAAUCCAAAUCUUUUGAAUGGUCAACUUAGCUCUCCUCUUCAUUUUGCUGCUGGAGGUGGGCAUGCUGAAAUAGUACAAAUUCUACUAAACCAUCCUGAAAUUGACAGACACAUUACUGAUCAACAGGGAAGAUCUCCGCUGAAUGUCUGUGAAGAGAACAAACAAAAUGAGUGGGAAGAAGCUGCAAAACUACUGAAGGAAGCCAUAAAUAAACCUUAUGAAAAGGCACGGAUUUAUCGUAUGGAUGGGUCAUACCGCUCUGUGGAGCUGAAGCACGGAAACAACACAACUGUCCAGCAGAUCAUGGAGGGCAUGCGCCUGUCUCAAGAAACUCAGCAGUACUUCACUAUCUGGAUCUGUUCUGAGAACCUCAGUCUCCAGCUGAAGCCAUAUCACAAGCCUUUGCAGCAUAUUCGAGACUGGCCUGAAAUAUUCACUGAACUGACAAACUUGGAUCCUCAAAGGGAAACUUCACAGCUUUUCCUGAGAAGGGAUGUGAGACUUCCACUGGAAAUAGAAAAAAAGAUUGAGGAUCCCUUGGCUAUUCUUAUUCUUUUUGAUGAGGCCAGAUAUAAUUUACUGAAAGGUUUUUAUACAUCACCUGAUGCAAAGCUGAUUACACUGGCAAGUCUUCUUCUACAAAUAGUCUAUGGAAAUUAUGAGAGCAAGAAACAUAAACAGGGCUUUCUAAAUGAAGAAAAUCUUAAAUCUAUUGUACCAAUAACUAAACUAAAAAGCAAAGCUCCUCACUGGACAAACAGGAUACUUCAUGAAUACAAGAAUCUCAGCACCAGUGAAGGUGUCAGUAAGGAGAUGCAUCACCUUCAGCGCAUGUUCUUGCAGAAUUGCUGGGAAAUUCCUACUUAUGGAGCAGCUUUUUUCACAGGACAGAUAUUCACCAAAGCAAGUUCAAGUAGCCAUAAAGUCAUCAAAGUGUAUGUAGGAGUAAACGUAAAAGGGCUGCACCUCCUCAACAUGGAAACAAAGGCUUUACUCCUCAGCCUAAAGUACGGUUGCUUUAUGUGGCAGUUGGGAGAUGGAGAUACGUGUUUUCAAAUCCACAGUCUGGAAAACAAAAUGAGCUUUAUUGUACAUACCAAGCAGGCAGGACUCGUUGUAAAACUCCUGAUGAAAUUAAAUGGCCAGCUAAUGCCAACUGAAAGAAACGAGUGAUGGAAACGAACAGUAGUUACGAGAUGGCAUCUGAUGGCUGAGCAAAAAACAACUCGUUCCUCCUCGUAACAGGACUUCCAUGUAUAUGAAUUUUACACAAUAGAAAAGUCAAUUUGUACAGUUUUUUUAACUUUGUACAGAAGCUGCAUGGUUUAUUUUUUUAAAAGAACUAUACAACAUAUCUAUUAUUUUUAUAAGUAUUUUUGUGUUUCAUAUAUUAACUAUUGUAGGGCUUGAGCUUAACCAAUAAAGCUGAUGAAAUCUAAAUGGUUUACCAAGUUCAACGAGCAUGAAUCCAGUAAAGCUGUUGUUCCCAGAGAAAUAUGGGACUACCAGUGCCAUUAAGCAAGUCUCAGUUAACCUAUUUACCUUUCGUGUCAUUGGUGGAACAUCAAGGAGGUGGUAUAUGUUGCAGUAUUUUGUAGACACCCUGUAUUUUUAAGAUACUAUUGAUAAAUAUGCUUAAAAGACUAGUUAGACCUUUGAGCAACUACUUUUGAUAAACUCUUGUUUUUUAUUUGGUUUCUGACAAACAUUUUAGCUUGCUUUAUUUUUACUCUUAACUUUCUCAUACUUUGUAUUCAUAUUUAUCCUAAAGCACUGCAUGAGGAUGCCAAAAGGGAAAUACUUUAAAUCAUUCAGAAGCCAUAUUGAAUGUUUAGCAUGCUUGUUUUGUAAAAUGAAUUUUUACUUUCGCUGUGCAAUAUAAAGUGUAUGUAUGGAGGAGAGGGAGACAGGGAUUUACAGAUGAACCUUACUCAGAGGACUUCAGAAAGUUUUAUAUAUCCUACCCUGGACUGCAACACAUAUGCAGUAACAAAAGCUCAUACUUUGGAGGUACUAAGUUAUUUCUCUUAAAUUAAUUUUCUUACUGAUUAAUUCAGUUUCUUCAGGCUAAAAGCAGUGCAGGAUGAAGGAAUGAAGAUGACAAGGACGUCAGAAACAGUUUGUAAGCAUUCUGCCUGCUCUUUGUAGAGUCAGGGUUGGGGCUCCACAAGUUGGGUCCCAAGUAUAAGGUGGGAUUCUAUGCAGUCUGAAACAUAUCCUUGUACAUUAAAAUAGAAUCUGUAACACAAAUCUUUGAAGUUUCUGGUUGUAUUUCAGGGUUUUAAGUGCACUUGACUAUUUCUUCCGUGUAAACUGCAUGCUAAAACAGUGUGCAAUAUUUUGUAAAAAAAAAAACUUUUAUAAAAAAUAAAAAUUAGCACUUGCCUCUAAGUUUUCAAAUAAAAGCUAAAAUGAAUGUGAAGAACUGUGCUGUUGUAUAGUAACUUUACUCAACCUUACUAGUAACUGCAGAAUUUAAGAAAUUAAAGUAGUAAGCUGUUAAAAACAUGAACAGGAGACUUGUAUUUUGUAUUCUUCUUAGCAAGCUGUAAUUUUCUACUUAAACUUCACAGGCCUAAACAACAGUAAAUUUUCAUGGAUUGUUAUGCUUUAUUUAAGGUAAAUAAUGCAACAGUCAGGUCCUUCAUCGUGCAUCCCUGCUAUCACUUGGCACUGGUAUCAGAAAUACAUUUCUCUACACAGCACUUUCUUAGAAAACUAGAGGAAAAUGUUAGGAAGGUGUGUCAGUUGCCUAUAUAACUAUACUAUCAAUAUGCCUUAUUGCUGUAUAGUCCUUUCUGCUAAAUUCUUAUUUAUUACUACCUAAUAAAUUGUUUGCAACAAGUC